GUGUGUGUGGUGGCAGUAGGCAGCAGUGGUUGCUGGCAGCAGUAUAGCUGCAGCAGGCGGUGAAGGAGGGUGGCACUCUAUGGUAGAGCUCAGAGUGCCGGUAUCUCUCUCCUACACCACUGGCAGUAUUCCCUCAGUGUGCACCGUCACUCCAGUCACCACUGGUUCUUCACUCAGUACAUCUACCAGUGAAAAACAACACUUUCGUUUUAAGUGAUUAAAAGUGUUUUAUUUUAAACUAUAAAAUGAUGAAAUCGUUUUCAUUACAUUUAAACUGAGAUGAAAAUGGUUUUAUUGAGUGUAUUUCGGAAGCUUAGUGGGAGUGGAAAAAUACGGAGCGUGUGAAAUUUGGUAGCGAGUGUUAGUGAGCGGAAAGUUACUGUGUAUUCCUCUUCCAGACGUACACACACCACUGGCUGUUUCCACUAUACACAUACAUGAUCUACAACUCUUUGUACACACCAGUGACUAUCUUCACCACACACACAUACAUGAUCUCCAACAUUCCGUACACAGCACUUGUCUACGUUAAGAGGCUGUGUUUAGCCUCUGGUGACUGUCCUUAAGGGCGUGGUGCACUCCAGUCUCCUUGUCACAGGAAGGUUGAAUGUACACCUCCUUGGGACGACAGUAACACGCGCUGGUGCACAAGUACUGUGCACGUGUGUGUGCAAAUCACCUUAUUACUGGUCAACACAUGACUUGCUGACUUCACCUCGGUUAACUAGCUGAGGUCAACCCCUGAACUUGGUACAACACGACCACCCUGGUCCUCGGGCACUCUUUCCACCACCUGUAGGUGGUAGUUACGAACGACCACCUGAGUUGUAGUGACCAGUUCACCUCACAAUCACCUGGCAACCUUAACAAGAUUCACUACGGUUAUUGAUCCGACCAACGUUACCUGGAGGUCAUUCCAGCCUUCCACUGACGUAUGUUGGAUGGCGCGCUGAGUGGCGCAGGAUGGUGCGGGCGUGGUUCCGGUGUUCACGAAGGCGUGUGUGGGGCUUGGUUGUGGCGCGUUUACCCGUGCUGGCGUGGCUCCCGAGGUACGACCCUCGUAAGGAGCUCUUCAGCGACUUCGUCAGCGGAGCAACCGUCGGUAUUGUGCAGAUCCCGCAAGGGAUGGCUUACGCACUGCUGGCCGGGCUGCCGCCCAUCACAGGUCUGUACAUGGCUUUCUUCCCAGUCCUUGUCUAUGUCAUCCUCGGAACAUCCCGCCACGUCUCAAUGGGCACAUUUGCAAUUGCUAGUUUAAUGAUGGCGAAGGUGGUAGGGGAGCUGUCUAGCGAGGACCCCGGAGGCAGUGUAUCUCCAACGCUCUCCAACACUACGUUGGAGAUCAUAGACAACGACACUACGUUUCUGUUCUCCACCAGCACCACCACCACUCAUGAUACCCAAGAUACCCAGUACACACCUCAGCAGAUUGGUGCUAUACUUGCCCUCGCUGUGGGUAUAUGGGAGGUGUCUCUGGCUGUGGUUCAGAUGGGAGAGCUGUACGGGAUGUUUCUCAACGACAUGCUCAUCUCUGGGUUCACCACGGGAGUUGCUGUACACGUCAUGACCUCACAGAUCAAGUAUCUCCUCGGUAUCUCCAUAACUCGCUAUAACGGGCCCUUCAAGAUUAUCUACACCUACAGGGAUGUAGUGGACCAGUUGACACUAGUGAACCCCGUGGUGAUGGUGGUGUCUCUGUCCAGCACGGUGGUGCUCGUGUUCACUAACGAGGUGAUCAAGCCUCGGGCCAGGAAGUACACGAAGCUCCCCAUACCCAUAGAGCUUCUGGCGGUGGUGGUGGGUACAGCAGUGUCUUACUUGAUCAACCUGGAGAACAACUACCACGUCAGAGUUCUGGGGGAUAUCCCUACAGGCCUGCCAGCGCCGUCCAUACCCCCGCUGGAGCUGCUACCCCGCGUGGCUGUGGAUGCCCUCAUUAUAGGCGUGGUUGGCUACACUACCACAUUGUCCAUGGCUAAGAUCUUCGCCAAGAGACAAGGAUACACCAUCGACGCCACGCAGGAACUCUAUGCUCAGGGCGUGAGCAACAUGUUCGGCUCUUUCUUCUCCUGCGGACCCAUGGCUGCCUCCCUCUCUCGCUCCCUCAUCCAGGAGGCUGUGGGCGGUGCAUCUCUCCUCACAGCAUUCAUCUCCUGUGCAUUCAUUGUCAUUGUUCUCCUCUUCAUCGGUCCAGCCUUCGAGACGCUGCCUAACUUGUUAAUGUUAUAUUGGUGUGUGGAGGCUGUGGAGUGGGUGGUGGUGGAGAUGAGUGGUGUCACCUACGUCGAUACCACAGGUGCCAAGCUACUGACUCGUCUACACAAGGAACUGGGUGACAGUGGUGUCAUCCUGUGUCUUGCUGCUGUGUCAGAGCGUGUACAGGAGCGCCUGGCGAGGUGUGGAGCACUGGAGGUCAUUAGUAAAGACUUAGUGUUCCACUCGACACAUGAUGCUCUCACCGUCAUUACGAAUUCACAGCUAAACCUUCCUUCCUUAAAUGCUGCGUGCCUCUAGCUUCUGUCCUAGGCCUAUCCAUUACACAGCUCUACCUCACAGAGCCGGAACAAAUCUUGGCUCUAGGCAUUCUCGCAGCCAUAGGCCUUCAAGAUUUAUGUAUAUAUAAAUAUUAUCGAGUCUAUGUGAGUAACAGAAUCACUUGCCAUCAACCUGCGUAGCAGCUAAACUAGGGUACCCAUACCCUCUGAAAGGAGGUGUAUUUGCUUCUUCCUGUGUACUCAGUUAUGCCCAGCCUUAAGAAUAAUGUAUCAAUAAAGAUGA